AUGCCAAAAAUCAAUUCUAAAAUGAGAGCUUUAUCUCAAAAAGCUGCUGCUAAAAGACUUUCUCACUCUCAGAGCGAAAGUGUAGAGUUAGUUAGAAAGGAAGUUGAUCCUACCCCUGAGAUUUUGGAAUCUUCUGGCAGUGAUGUCAAAAAUCUCAGACUUUCUUGGACCAAAAAAGCUGAAGAUGCUCUCAAUAGAAAAUACAGUUGCAAUCGUUCAUCAUACUCAUCUCAACAUGUUCGUAGACUGAAAAAGGCAGAAAGAGAAGCAGCAAAAGGAAGUGCUAGAGUUGACUUCUUUUUUUUGCCUAUCGCAAACUCUUCUUCUGCUGAGACAGAAAUUGGAUUGGAUAAAGAAAGUGAUAGUGCAGAUGAAGUCGAGUCAAAGGAAGAGUUCAAAAGCAGAGUAAAAGAUGCAAUCAUUGACUUGUCAAAGUUCGCAGUAUCUGUCAUCAGUUCGACUUCAGAGCAGCAAAAACUUGGUGUAGCAGAGAUGGGAAAGUACGAAUGA